GGUAAUUUGGACGCUUCCAACUGGUUGACUGCACCGCGGAGAGAAGUCGCAGAGUGGCGUGGCGCUGUUUCCCCAGACCGGCCAAACAAGUCGGUUGCUUGGCAACAGCAUAGCUGAGGUAGCUGUUGUUUCAAGAUGGCGGCCGGGACUUGAAAGUAUUGGCGGGCUCAGAAGAUGCAGGCUCAUUGUCAUCGUUUGUAAUGUUUACGCUAGGUUCAAGUUGAUUUCUAGCUGCGAAGACACGGCAACAUUUUAGAGAUAACUCCGGAGCAACAAAGGGCUACGACAAUGCUGUCUGUUGAUAAAAACUUCUCUCGGCUGGGAGGUGCUUCCACGGAAAGCUUUGCAAAAGACACACCAAGGACAAAGCAGCGAAAAGAAAUUCGGCAAAGGAGAUUGGCAUACUUUGAAAGAAAGCAAGAGGAAGAGAAUGCUCCAUGCAGAAAUGUCUCAGCUCAGAUGCCUACUGUACAUAGAACACACUCACAGGACAAAGGAGAAACCUUAGAUGCAAGGAAAAGCAGAGAACAAGACAGAGAUACAAACUCUAAAUCUUUAAAUUCAACACAACAAAUGAAGAAGCCAGAAACUUUGGGCAGACGAAAAAAUGAAGGAUCUAAUGAAUUGUUAAGAAAGGACAAGUUUGAUGUUACAACUUUACCCAACAGAAGUUUACCUCUGGAACGGUAUCAGAAUCCAUCAACAUAUAUUGACAAAGCACUGUAUUCUAAUCAAUCUGGAAAUGGAAAGAUUGCUGUACCAGAUAGGAAACAAAAUCCUGAAGCAUAUUGGGUCGACUUGGAUACAGAUACCACAAUUCCCAAGAAAGGGUCACAAAGACAAAGUGCAAAGGAACUUUUACUGUCCAAAAAAGGUCUACAGAAGAAAGCGUAUCGUGGAGAUAUGGAUCGGACUGAUAACAACAACAUCUUGUAUACAGGUCGAUAUGAAACUAAACCUAGGAAGAACAUAAUACCAGCUUAUGAAGAUAACAGAGGUGAUGAGACCUACAGGGUUGAACAUGAAGGAAACAUCAGGAAACGACAAGUGAACUCAACAUUUGAAGGCGACAGAGACUUAGUUUUAAAGGCAGAGAAGUCAAACAGCUGCAAUACAAACAAUGAGAUGAAGCAAAAUGGCGCUUAUUUCCAGAGCUCUCAAAUAAAGUCAUCACCACAAAUGGACACACCCUAUGGGGUCUUGGUUGAGGGGAGUAAUGGAAAAGUUAAAAGUUCCACUUCAAAUGUAAGACAAAAGUUAGAGGGUUCUAGGAUUGGUUCUGGUGACCAGGUUGAGGAUGAUCUACUCUUAGACAUUUGGGGGUUGAAAGAAUCUGACUUGUCAGGGAAACUUGACCUUGGGCGCUUCCUGUGGAACCCUAAAGAUGCCAGCGGAUUGAAAUCCUCAGGAAAAAAGCAGGUAGAUGAUCCGACAGAACUGGCUACUGAAGUGGCAGAGGAAAGUGAACCAAUAGGACACAAGCUGUUUGUAAGUGUGGAACACGGAGUACAAUCAAAAAGCGGCAACACAUACGUGCCUCACACGUCAGACCUUUUUGACUCUUCUCAGACAGAAUCCCAGGUUGAGGAACUUGGGCUGAAAACCCACAGACCAAGUGCCAGACCUAUUUCACCAUUAAAAGUUACCACCGUCUUCAACAAAUAUGCAGGAAAGGAAGAACGACAGUUGGAUCCUGAGGGAAAUUACUUGGAAUUGGAAAAUGUUAUGAACAAAGGUGAACAGACAAGAGAAAAUGCAGAAGCAAGAGGUGAAAGACCGUGGGAUCUAGGUCGCAAAAUAUCGUUUGAAGAAAAGAGGUCACCAAUGAGCAGAGGAGUAAGGACAGCAACUUCUCCACCGCCCGGAAGGAAAGAGUCGACAAGAGACUUCAUCCGCCGCUCCUGGGAUAAGAAUGACUUUCAGAGACACAGUCCACCGCCGCAUGUGCAUCAGCGGAAGCACAGCUCACAUUCCAAGACGUCCAGCUCCCCUGAAAGACAUCUGGAAGCUGUGAGGUUCUAUGUGGAACAGAAGCUGAGAAAAAGCAUUGAUGAGGAGCAGGUUGCCAGGGAAGGGUCCGUGACUGGAGAAGAACAGAGUCGUACAGAUUUUGUUGCUCGGUGGGUUCAGUCAGUAAAUAACUCUGCCCUCCCACAAACAGACUCUCCACGGCUUGGGGAGUCAAAGGAAAAAAGUACUGCGAGAGAAGUGGGAAAAGAAGACCCAGAACUUAGCCCUGUUUCCAGAACACUCAAAAAUCUUGGAGUUGGUCAUGUCAAAUUUGGAAUUAAAAAUCCAACUGUUGGACAUAAAGAAGCUACAAAGAUAGACACAAGAAGCAGUGCUGCCAUUGAAGAAGAUGAAACCCACUCUAAGGAGCUCAUGUCACCACUUCUAAGCCCAGUCUCAAGAACAUUAAGGAAACUUGGGUUCGGAUACCUCAAGGGACCACAAGAAGGACCAACAAAGAGACUGCUGGUAAAAAUUUGUCCAAAGUGUUCAGAGGACAAUGACUUUGAUGCUGCCUGGUGCACAGAAUGUGGAUCUGCCUUGGUUGGCGUAGCAGACUCAUCACCUACCAACCAUUGCCUUGGUGAUGUAACCACACCUAGCAACAACACACCUGGGAUCAAAGACCUCCAGGUCAAUGACCUAGAAAACAAUGAAAGAUACAAACUCUUUCAGGGUGGGUCAAAUCAAGUACCAAGUAAGGGACAUGGUGGUAAUAAAUUUACCGUAGUUCCUAACAGUAUCCAUGGUACAUUCAAAAGUGGUCUGAGCCAUACUUCCCAUGGUCAUAGUGAUUACACAAAAUCUGCAGACAGCUUUUAUGCAAGCCACAAGGAGGCUAGAGAUGCAGCAUUAGACAGGCAUCUCACAGGAAAUCUACCUACAAGUUCUAGUGGCAAGAUUAAUCCAGCUUUUACCACAGAUCCCACCCUUCCCUCUGAUGAUCUGAAUGAUUUUUUUGGCCAGUGUCCAACUGUACCAAGCUACAGGUCGCAUGAAAAGUAUCCGCUCCUAAGCCAGCCAACACAAUUAGACACAGACACUAGUAUUUCUAAGUGGGACUGGCAAGGUAGCCCACCUAAACGUGAUGAACACACCUCAAAAGACAUCACAGCUCUAAAGAGGACAACUGUUACACAGGACUAUACUGCAGGUACUGAAGAUAAUGCAGUGCAAGAUCUUCGGCGAAUCCAAAGCAGUGACAAGAUCAUAUUUGAAAGAUCAAGGUCUAUUCCUGAGCAUAGUGGAUUUGCAGAAGUAGACACUAAGAUGUUGUCAUCACACCACAAGCAGUUUCCAAGCAGAGAAGAGCUACGGUUGACUCUGGACAGUGACUCAAGCGAUGAGGACAAGCAAAAAGAAAAGAGAGAGCCUGUUUGGAACACAAAUGGUUCUAAUGAUGUGAUGAAAUCAAGAAAUGUUGAUGCUAGAGACAACAUGGUUGUUGAAAAUGAGCUGCAAGAGUCUCAGGCUUUUGGUGGAGUUGAAGCAUGGAACAAGCAUCCAUAUAGAAUAAAAGAAAGACAUGAAGUGACAAAACCAGGUGAAAGUACACCACCACUACUACAGCAAAGCAAAGAACCUCAGGUUAGAAAAGGGAAACAGAAAUCCCAGGACGCCAGCCAAGGGGCAUCUUACAUCACACAAGGUUACAAAAGACAUUGGCAAAGGUCAAGUAUUGCAUGGGAUUCAUACAACCCUGGUGAACUAAAGACAAGGUCAAGUGUCGUCAAAAGUGGAGAGAAGAGAAAGGUAGCUGGGGCAAAGCAAAGGUCUGUAGGUUUUGACUUGAGUACUGAGUCAGCCAGCAGUGCUAGUGGUGACAGCAAACCAUCUAGGAGACGACCUGCCAGUGCAGGUCAGAGGUCAACAGGAGCACAAGGGUCAAGUUCUGGUGAAAGGUCAGUAAACGUGUCUGGAGGUCAGAGGCCAUGGUCAGCUUCAAGGUCAUCCACAGUGGUCAGGGAAGAGGACUUCCUUUCCAUUCACAGAGCAAGCUUCUCUCAGGGAAAAGGUGCUGGCUCCAAACCAAUGAUGAACUACCAUCUGGAUAAUCAGACAUAUGCUAAGAUUCUGACAAUGACUCCCCGUGGAGACAGCGAUGAGUCGCCAUGGUUGUUCCUCCCAGACGAGCUGCUGCUGUACAUCCUGUCCUUCCUGUCCCAGCCUGACCUGGCCAGGGUGGCCUCCUCAUGUCAGCACUUCUACAGGGUAGCCAUGGACGAAUCUCUGUGGAGAAACAUCACCCUGACCAAGAGGAGUGACUUGAGUGAUGAGAUGCUGUGUUAUAUUGGGCAGCACAGUCCACAAAUCCUGAGGCUUCUGCAGUGUACAGGUAGCACAGUCACAGAGCGGGGGCUCAGGGACCUCUUCAAAGGGUGUAAGGACUCACUAAAGGAGCUGAAUUUCAGUGGCUGUAAUGGAGGUGCUCUAACUGGAGACCUGGUGUUACUCCAUGCCUCGUCACGAUGUCAUAACAUCACGUCUCUCGACGCCAGCUGGAGUAAUGCUACUAACAAUGGAGCUAUGGCUGUAGCAGACAUCAGCAAAAGACUGGAGGUCCUGUGUGUGAAUGGUUGUCAGAGCAUCACAGAUGAGGCCCUGAACUAUGUAGUGAACAGACAUGGCAGUACUCUCCAGGUGCUGGAGGUCUUCGGAUGCUUCAACAUCAAGCAGCAAUGCCUGCUGGGUAUGGCUCAGAACUGCCCCAACCUCAGGGUCCUCAACAUGGGGCAGUGUUACAAGGUGACUGACAAACUGAUCAGACAGAUGGCCAGUAAGCUGAAAAGUCUGGAGGUUUGGGACCUGAGAGGAUGCAAACAGGUUCAAGAUGAGUCGGUUCACCAGAUAGUCCGUUGCUGCAGUGGACUACAGACGGUCACCCUGGCUAACUGCCCUCUGGUGACAGAUGUGGCACUGGUGGAGAUUGCUACGUAUCUUCCCAACGUACGGUGUGUUGAUGUGAGUGGAUGCAGAAAUGUGACAGACUCCGGAGUUCGGGCAUUUGCCAAUAACAGCAAACAGUUGACAUAUAUAGACCUGAGCUCAACAGCCAUCACAACCAAAAGUGUGACCCUACUGGGCAGCUACUGUAGCAGAACCCUGGAGACUGUGAAACUCAGCUUCUGUGACAUCACAGAGUCUGCUGUAGUUAAACUGGUAAAGAACUGUCCAAGACUUCACACCCUCCAUGUGAUUGGGUGUAAAAGGAUCAGAAAUGACGGUGCAAUCAAGGUGGCAAACAGCAAGGUGGCCGUGGAGCUGGGGAGAAAGUAACACGGGAGCAUACAUUCCUGACUGCAAGAAAGAAAGUGAUAAAGAAAUUGAAAGUGAUGUUGAUCCCAUUUAGCUCACUAAAGAGCUUCUCUUCCAUCAGCUAUGACAGAAAAAGGUAGACAUCAUUUACCGGUUUAUCAUGUGGAGAAAUUUCCAGCAGCUCUUUUUGACAAUGAAAAGCAUCCCACAGCUUAGCAUCCUAUCCUAGAAACUACCACCCUUUCUAGAAGUGUGCAUGUUGGGUCAGCAACAACAGCCGGGACUAGAACUCCCAACCUUUUGAUCCAGAGGCAGGACUAUCUCUGGACUAGAUAUGCUACCUUUAAAGUGCAAGAAAGCUGUUUUAACCUUCCUCUUACUAAGGUAGCUGAGGUAGCCAAAUUUGUCUUGGUGAUGGGAUGAGGCAGCAUGGAGAAGGUUAAAGCACAUACUGUUACAUGCCCAGAAUUUAAUGACAUGACAAGCAUAUAUUUGGUAACUGGUAAAACAACUACUGGUUUGUAUAUAUUAGCAAUAUUUUUGUACAAUUUUUAAAUGCCAUACAUGAUACUGUAGAACUGUAUGAAAUCAUGGCAUUGUGAAAUAUGGAAAAUACAUUGAUGUGGAAAAUUUUGACAUGAAUUUGCUGAUGUAGAAGAGUGUAUAAUCAUGAAAGGUACCAGUAGACAUGUUUAUGGAAAACUUUGCAAAACACAAUCAUUGAUGAGUAGAGGAUAUAUAAGAUAAUUUAUUCCCAUAUUUUUGUCUGGAAAUUUUCAUUUACAUACGUCAGCAAUUGGUAUAUUUUAAACAUAAGAAUCCGAAUAAAGAAUUUCAAAAAUACAUAGUAUAUCUAGUCCUACCAAUGGUCAGCUUUACAAUGAAUUUAUAUUGUAAUUGGGGAAUACUCAUCAUGCAGGCUUUAAAAUAGCAAUACAUUGUAUAUCCUAAAAGCCACAGAUAUCUUAUAUGUAACAACAGUUUUACAUGCUGAACAUACGUGUAGCUCUCAAAGCAUAGGUGAUGUGCAAUACAAUAUUCUUAAAAGUGCAGCUAAUUGUAUUCAUUUCAUGAUCAUAAUGUUUGGGUGACUUUAACCCCAAAAUGAUGAGAAGUUUUCUUAACUCAAUUUGUGUGUUUUAUAUUUUUGUUUUACCAGUGU